AUGCGUUCUUUGAAAUCAAAGCUAACCAAAACCGCCAGGCCAUUCUGUUUUAAACCUUCACCCACCGACAGACGCUUUUAUACAAGAGAUUCAUCUGAUCCAUCUAAGUUCAGAUUGAAAGAUACGCAAUGGAAGAAACCGGCGACGCAUGACCGAGACAUGAAUAGAUUGGAUCUGCCAAUACGCGAUCCGAUAGAAGCUCAAAGAAAACCCCAAAGAACGCAGGAGGAACUGGCGGAUGUUCUGCAAGGUUUUCUACAUCCUAACCAACACAAUUCCAAGUCAACCGCACGUGAUAUAGGCUCUAUACGAAAAUCGAUCAAUUCUGAUACGUCAUAUCCUCGCUCUGGCAAACCUUUCAAACGAUUUCCCUCUGAUCGAUUUGCAUCCAAAGAUAUCCGCUCUCCCGAUGGCUCUUCCAAUUGGUCCACAGACCGCAGGUAUCCAAAGGCCUCUCAACCAUUGCCCUUUUCACGAUCUCCAUCAAGGACAGAUGUUCCUACACCAAAGCGAGAUUGGAAAUCUCCAAGACCACCUCCUUGGCCCAAACGUCUUCCAGCAGUUGAAAAGCCUGCUCAGCCGUGGCCUCGACAUGAUGCUCCAGAUCAACCAUUUCGCGCAGCUCCAGCUCCAGUCACGACUCCUACACCAAUACAACAACCGAGACCUUCCGUAGCCCCGGCUGUCGUCGAUCCGCAAGCACCAGCCGAAAUAAUCGAGCCGGAGGUUGCCGCGGAGGAAAUAGACGAUCUGACUGAUAUUGGGGAUGUAUCUCGACCAAAGAGCAAACUUGUCAGGCGUGACGAAGGGCGAUCAAAAGAAGGGCUUUCCAAACGAGAACGAUUCUUUAAGAAAAAACAAGAGGACGAAUUAGAUGAUGGAUUGACUUAUGAUGAAUUGGAACUGAGUGAAAGGAAAAAGGAGAAAAAACAAACUAUCAAAGUCGAGGAAAAGAUUAAAAAAGAAGUCUAUCUGCCUGAAGCUAUCAGCGUGGCUAAUCUUGCAAAGGUGAUUGGGUUACGAUUGGUGCUUACAUCCGAGGUAGCAAGCCUAAUUGCUCUCGAGUACGACUUAAAUCCCGUAAUAAAUCAGGAUGUGGCAAUUGAUCUGUUUCCAAAGUAG